UGUGUGCUAUGCUAGGGAAAAACCACGUGAAAACCGAUUUUCACGGCUGAAAGUACUAAGCUACUCAAAAUAGCUCGUUAACAUGUCCAAAACGUGCUUAUCCAUCGAUUCAGAGGCACUCGACUAUAUAUGAAUCGAUCAUAAAUGAUGUGUGAACAAGGGCCUGGAACAUAUUCAUUCUAUUGGGGUGUUAGGAUGUUCGCUUAUUGAUCAUUCACCAAGUGACUGAUCUCCUGAAACCCUAUUCAACAAGUAGUCUUCGUAUGUUGUAGGAACAGUUCGGAAAUGUUUUUCGCGCGCUCUUGAAAACUCGCAGGUUUUUGUUUCGAAAUGAGUGCCACUUAUUUGAUGACAGUGAGAAAAUGACGUUCGGAACCCUUUUCUUGUAUGAAAUAUUGCUGAGGGAGGUGUGACCAAAUAAAAUGAUCACAAUGAAGAAACAAGUAAUAGAAGAUGAAGCCUCUGCGAAAGAGAAGCAGGACAUCAAAGCAAUCGAAAAUGCCAAAAAAAUGAAAAAUCAGGAGAAUGAGUACCAAGAAUUGCUAGAAAAGAUGCGACUCGACUUUUACGCUAUAUAUGGGAAGAAAAAGGACACCCUUAGUUCUUUGAACGAUUUUGAGAACAUGAGGACUUUGGGGGGUGGUUCAUUCGGAGUUGUCAUUCUUGUUAAGAACAUAAGCAGCGGUGAGUUCUAUGCGAUGAAAGUUCUUGAUAAACGCCGCAUCGUGAAACUGAAACAGGUGGACCAUACUUUAUAUGAGAAAAAUAUUUUGGCAGCAGUUAAAUUCCCUUUUCUUGUGAACUUGGAAUUUUUCUACAAGGAUAACAGUUAUUUAUAUUUCAUCAUGCCGUUCGUCAAUGGUGGUGAACUUUUCAGUCAUCUAAGGAGGUUAAAACGAUUCGACGAACCUAUGUCGAAGUUUUAUGCCUCACAAGUAGUAUUAGGGCUAGAAUACCUCCACAACUUGGACAUCAUUUACAGGGAUCUGAAACCAGAGAAUAUACUUUUAGAUAAUAAGGGAUAUGUCAGGCUGGCCGAUUUAGGAUUUUGUAAGAUCGUAAGAGGAAGAACGUGGACGUUAUGUGGCACACCGGAAUAUCUUGCUCCGGAAAUCAUUCUCAGCAAGGGCUACAGUAAAUCCGUAGACUGGUGGGCUUUCGGCAUCUUCAUAUUCGAGUUGAACGCCGGCUUACCACCGUUCAAUUCGAUGGAUCCCAUGCGGUUGUACGAGAAGAUUGUGGCUUGCAAAUAUAAGUUUCCGCCCCAUUUUUCCAGCGAGUUGAAGGACCUGGUGAAGAAUAUUCUGCAGGUUGAUCUGACCAGAAGAUACGGCAAUUUGAAAGCAGGAGUACAAGAUAUAAAAAACCACCGAUGGUUCCGUGACAUAAACUGGAUGAACAUCUACCAGCGUAAAGUAGUUCCUAGCUACAAGCCGAUAGUUAAAACAACUGGAGAUGCGUCUAAUUUCGAACAACAGGAUGAGACCAAUCUUCAGAUAGCCGCAGAAGAACUGUAUCCAAAUGAAUUCAAGGCAUUCUGAUAGUUUCACAAAUACCAUUGUUGUAUUAAGGAUUCAAGUUCCAUGAUAAGCGAAACAUUUUCUUCGUUGGCGAAAAAGUUGUCUAAUUAAUUGGGAAACUUUUUUUUUGGUGUACCUCCAUUGAUCACUGUGGAACUUAGUUAUUUCCACAUUAUUGUAUUCGUUGGUUUUAUAAUAAAGUCUUAUUCUU